UCCUCAAAUAUCAUCAGUUUCAGGUUUUUUCAUCUGAAUUUUCAUUCCAAUUUCUGUAGCCUCUACUGAUUAUUAGUACAUAAUAUACACUCGUCGUUUGGUCAAACCCCUAGUUUGACUUUUCCUUGUUCUUAAUUGCCCAAUAUAUAUGUUAGAUUCCUCGAAAUUCACUUCAAAAGAUUGGGAAAUUCUCUCUUCUUGAUUAUUCUUCACAUAAAUACGAGUAUAAAGUUUCGAUCUUUCUUUUUCUUUUUUUGGUGUGAUAAUAUAAUUUUUUAUUUAAUUUUUGGUUUGAUGGAUAUGAAUAAUGGAAGUUUAUUGAGGAAUGAUUUAAACACCAAAAAAUCGCACACUUUAGAAAUUUCGGAGGUUGUAGUAGUAAUUAAUGGGGAGUGCGAAGGGGGCGAUGAGUCGGAAUCGGAAUCGGAAUCGGAAUCAGAAUCACAGUCGUUGUUACUGCGUAAUUCCCAGGAAAAUGGAUUGUCUGAAAUAUCGGAAAAACCUAGGAGAAAAGUUCAAUGGUUGGAUAAGAAUGGUGAUCAUAACCUCGCAGAAAUCUUCAUCUUCGAACCGAGUGAAUCGGACGAGGAAGAAGAGGAUUCUUGCUUCUGUAGAAUAAUGUAGACCACAUAUUCGUUACACUUGUUUCUCAGUAACUUACUUACUGAUCGAGUAUUGAAAAGCCCGAUUUUUUCUCGGAACAGAAUCGAGGGUUUCCGAUUUUUUUCAAAGAAACAUAUCAAGAAGCAGGUGAUGAAUAAGGUGACCAUAGCUUCUGAUACUCUGUAAUUAAUGAUUAUUUAUGAAAUUGACAUAUAAUUAAUUGGUUAUAAGGUUUUUUUGUAAUGAUCACAGCUUCACAAUUUAGUGAUUUUUGGUGCUAAAAAUGCAUUAUAGGGGGGAUU